AGACCUGGAUGCUAUUUUGAAAUAUAAUCGUAAUAUCCAGGAGAAGAUUGCUGAAAAUAUGCUCUCCAUGACUGGCACUAUGAAGGAACAUGCAUUAGCAGCGAAUGCUAUCAUAAAAAAAGAUAUCGGCAAACUGGAAAUGUCUGAUAAAUUGACUGAUGUAAAUGCUAUUAAAUUAAAGAAAGAAUCACUGAAGUUGGAAGAGCACACUAAAUCAAAAUGGAGGUGUUGGGUAUGGAUUAUGAUAGCUUUCGUUCUGGUUGUAUUUUUCAACAUGGUGUUAUUUAUGAAGAUGGCAAGGAAAAAGUUUUAGAUAAUUUCUACAUUGGGGCGUGUCAACUACAUCUGAAAUGUGUAGCUGCGCGUUACUGUGAAUAUGACUAUGUGAGUCAUUGGAUUGAUAUGAUGAUAGAAUUACACAGCCAUGAGUGUACUUGUAAAAACACCUGCACCUCCUAAAACCACUUGGAAACCUGGUAAGGUGAAAGUGGUCAGAACAUUAUGCAAGUAUAUAGCACAACGUAUAGAUGAGUUAUCAUUCGAAGAAGGUGAUUUACUUUAUGUUUACGAAAGAGAUACCGAUCCAAAUUGGUGGAGGGCCAAGUGUGGAGACCAGAAAGGACUUAUACCUGUCGCCUAUGUUGAAGAACAAACACAAGAGAUCGAGCUGCCAUUACAUGAUGCUGCAAGACGAGGCAAUAUUUCCUUCCUGAAGGAAUAUUUGAAUCAGGGCAUAUCGGGAACAGGUUUAGACGCAGCUGGAAACACGCCGUUAUACUGGGCAGCGCGCACUGGCCAUUUGGAAUGUGCAAGAGAGCUUCUCAAUUUGCCAAAUCCCGUAGUAGACGCUCAAAAUAAAAUGGGUGACACGCCAUUGCAUGUAGCUGCGAGUCAUGGACAUUUGGAGAUAAUAAAUUUAUUGUUGGAAUACGAUGCCGAUGCGACUUUGAAGAAUAAUGAUGGCGUUACUGCGGAAGAAUUAGCUUCCGAUGUGUCUAUCAAGAAUGCGAUACAAUUGCAUCAACGCAGAUGUGAUAGUACAUAUGGAUACGGCGAUGAAGAUUAUGAUGACGAUAGCGAUUGAAAAUUUCACAAUCUGUAAUACAAUACAAAUUUUAAUAUGCUAUAAACAAAAUAAGCAAUUCAUAUAUUACGUAAAAUUAUAAUAUAAUUUUACAUGUUAAUAAUUAAAAAUUAUUCUAUAUAUGUAUUAAUCCUUUGUAGUCCAUUAUUUCUCGCAAAUGAGCAAAAAUCAAGUAUUUCAAUUUUAUCUAAUCAAGUUUAACUGAAUCAAAGAAUGCUUCUUACUUGAAAUUUAUAAAAAUAUAAUUUAUCGAUUAUAAUCAGAUAAAGAUUCAAAUGUUUCAAGAAUUAUGAAAAAGAAUUAUUGCAACAUAUUACGUCGAAUCUAAUGAAUUUUAAGGAUUACAAGGGGUUAAAUGAUAAUAUUUGAAAGAUCUCAAAUGAUGCUCACCUCUUUAUAUUUAAGACUUUUGUUUCUUGUAGAAUACAAGUUAGCAGUGUAUGAAAAAAUCAAUUUAUUUUGAUAAUACAAAAAAUUCACAUGUCUUCACAAGUUAUAAAUCAAUACUGCAAUAAAGAAACGGAAGUCUUAAAACUGUUCUUUCAUAUUUGUGAUAUACUAUAGAAUGUUCAUAAUAUCAGAUAGAUUAAUAUAAUAGAUUAUUCCUCGAUUAAAAAAGACCAAUGUUCAUGUAUUGUCAAAACAUGUAUAACAUGUACAUGUCAGAUCUUUAUUGAACUGCCAUUAGCGUCAAUCAAAUGCAAAUAAAUAUUCAAGUGAUUCGUAAAGUAUUAUUAUAAUUAAAUGAUAUAUUAGCGAUUAUUGUAUUCAUUGUAUGAAUUGCAUAAUAGAGAAAAAUAAAUUUGAGAAAAUAUUGUAGAGUUAAAAUAUAUAAAAUGAUCUAUAAGGAUAACACAUGUCCUUUUAUUGCAAGUUUAUUUUUCAAAUUUGUGGUAUAUUUUAGUUUUAAUUAAUAAAAAAUAAUAGUGUUAUUUAUAUAAUCUACUGUUAUGUAUUCUUAACUGAACAUUGUAUUGAAUUCCAAUAAAUCUUUAGAAAAAG